AUGGGAGAAAUGCAUCCGCGGAGCCAAACACAAGGAGUGGGUGGGGCAGAGGUUUGCAGACAGCCCUGUGACGAUCUACUCGGACUCCUCACCGAGAUCCACGGACUGCGGCUGGUCACCAACAACCUACUGGACGAACUGGAAAGAGUGGCUAAGGAGAAUGAAGAAAUGCGUUUUACUAUGGCCGAGCUGAACAAUGUGACAACUAUCACCAGAACCACUGCCAACGUAAAGAAACCCAACAAAACCGGCACCACAAGUAUCAGCAAUAUGGUGUCCAACCCAGUGGAUGGACGUCUGGACUGGGAGCAGGUCUGUUUGAAAGACGGACGUGUUUAUGUCCCGGGGGAGGAAUGGGACCCGGACCCUUGCACCUACUGUGGCUGCAUGGAGGGAAAGGUGGUGUGUCAGCAUGAGACGUGUGCGCCGGUGUCCUGCAUCUCCCCCACUUUUAUGGACGACAAAUGCUGCCCUGAGUGCCUCGACUCUGAGGACGGCUGGACCGCCUGGUCUGAGUGGACUCACUGCUCGGUGUCCUGCGGUCGCGGAGGCCAACAGAGGGGGCGCUCUUGCAACGGGAUCAGCUCCACCUGCUCUGGGCCCUCGGUGCAAACACGCAGCUGUACCAAAGUCAAGUGCGACAGAAAAAUGCCCCCUACAGGCCGCUGGGGUCACUGGUCUCCCUGGUCGUCCUGCUCCGUUAGCUGUGGAGAGGGGAACAAGACUCGGUUGCGUCUCUGUGACAGCCCCCAGACCCAGAGGGGAGGCCGAGGGGGAGAAGGAGGGGGAGGAGGGCGAGGAGGGGGAGGAGGGGGAGGCUGCAGUGGAGCGGAGAGGGAGAACCAGGCCUGCACCAAACCCCCGUGUCCCAUUGCGGGCGGCUGGAGCAGCUGGUCGGAGUGGUCCCACUGCUCUCACACGUGCGGAGGUGGACUGUCCAGCAGAGACCGGGCCUGUGCUGACCCCGCCCCCCAACACGGAGGGAAGCCCUGUGCCGGCGAGGGGGUGGACUACGAGGCCUGCAACUCUGAGCCAUGUCCCGUAGAUGUGUGUGAGCAGUCCAAGCCUUGUUUCCCUGGAGUGAGCUGCUCCUCUCUUUCUAACGGCUCCUGGGAGUGUGGCCCCUGUCCUCGGGGCCUCAGAGGCAACGGGACGCACUGUGAGGACGAGAACGAGUGUGAGGUGGACGGAGCGUGUGUGUCCCAGUGCAUAAACACUGACCCUGGGUACUACUGUCUGCCCUGUCCCCCGCGCUACACAGGCUCCCUGCCGUUUGGACUGGGACUGAGAGAGGCCCAGACCAACAAACAGGUGUGUGAGCCUCAUAAUCCGUGCGCAGACAGCUCUCACAGCUGCCACAGAUUUGCAGAGUGUUUUUACCUGGGGCUGGCCUCAGAGCUGCUGUUCAAAUGCGUGUGCGCCGUGGGCUUUGCUGGAGACGGAUUCCUCUGCGGAGAAGACUCAGAUCUGGACGGCUGGCCCAAUCAACAGCUGCCCUGCAAACAGAACGCUACCUACCACUGCCAAAAGGACAACUGCCCAAUGAUUCCAAACUCAGGACAAGAAGACUGGGACAAAGAUGGACUGGGAGACAGCUGUGACCCGGACGAUGACAACGAUGAGAUUCUUGAUGGAAGGGACAACUGCCCCCUGGUGUUCAAUCCUCGUCAGUUCGACUCAGACCUGGAUGGAUUCGGGGACAGAUGCGAUAAUUGUCCCUUUGAGACCAACCCUCUGCAGACAGACACGGAUGAGGACGGAGAGGGAGACGCCUGCAGCAUAGACAUAGACGGAGAUGGGGUUUUGAACGACAGAGACAACUGUCCGUUAAUCUACAACACAGACCAGAGAGACACCGACCUGGACGGAGUGGGAGACCAGUGCGACAACUGCCCACUGCUGCACAACCCACAGCAGCUGGACCUGGACAAUGACCUGGUGGGAGACUUGUGCGACGAUAAUUCAGACAUCGAUGAGGACGGACACCAGAACUCUGUGGACAACUGCCCGUACGUGUCCAACAGUGACCAGGCCGACCAGGACCGCGACGGCACCGGGGACGCCUGUGACCAUGACGACGACAACGACGGAGUACCGGACGACAGAGACAACUGUAGACUGGUGCCCAACCGGGACCAGCGAGACUCAGACGGCGACGGGAGCGGAGACGCCUGCUUCGACGACUUUGACAACGACAGUAUUCCUGAUGCCCUGGAUGCCUGUCCGCUGAACCAGGACAUCGGACUCACGGACUUCCGAAAGUUCCAGGUGGUUCUGUUGGAUCCCAGCGGCACCACCCAGUCCGACCCGCUGUGGAUCGUCCGGGGUCAGGGCACCGAGCUGCUACAGACGGCCAACUCCGAUCCAGGCAUUGCUUUAGGCUUCGAUCGCUUCAGCGCCGUGGACUUCAGCGUGACCUUCUACGUGAACACGGACCGCGACGACGACUACGCAGGCGUGGUGUUCUCGUACCAGUCCAGCCGCCGCUUCUACGUCGUCAUGUGGAAGCAGGUGUCGCAGGCGUACUGGGAGAAAAGGCCUUCCAAAGCGUUCGGCACCGCGGGACUCUCCAUCAAACUGGUGGAGUCCAGCACAGGACCCGGGGAGAAUCUGAGGAACGCUCUGUGGCACACGGGGCACACCAGGAAUCAGGUCAAAACUUUAUGGCACGACCCACAUAAAACCGGCUGGAAGUAUUUCACAGCUUACCGCAUGCACCUCAUCCACCGGCCCAAGACUGGCUUCAUCAGGGUGGUGGUGUACGAGGGCAGGAAGAUCUUGUCGGACUCCGGGGCGGUGUACGACCACACUCUGUCCGGAGGGCGACUCGGGCUCUUUGUGUUUUCCCAGGAACAAGCACUUUUCUCCGACCUGAGAUACGAGUGCAGAGAUAACUGA